AACUCCAGCAUCAUCAUGUAUUCAUGUGACCGUUUAGAGCAAUGUCCUAGAUAUUCAUAUCACUGUGUCACACCAUUUCUUCCAUCUCCAAAUUUCACAAAAUUCUAUUCUGUCAAUCAAUUUCUUCAGAACUCUGGUUCAUCCACUGUUGAAGAAAUGGUACCCUCAAACGCACCCAAAACGUACUACUCAUCCAUCCACAACUCAAUCACCUCUCUGUGCAAGACCAUUCUUCCCGUGGGCUUCAACAAACGGCACCGUUUGGUAUCCGCAGAGCACAAGCUGCAGUCCGAUAACCUCAAAUGGCAGCAAGACACUCUCCACCAGCUGCUGAACUUGAUGGCUCUUCACCGUGAUGAUAUCCUUCCUGAAGCUGAGGUUUCUGCUUUUAAAGCUCAUUUGCUUGAAACCCUUCUUGCUUGUCCUCAUCCACAGCGAGAUUAUCCCCUUAUACUCAGAGAUAAGAUAGGGUUCUUACAGGAACUGCUUGAUGCCAAAUGCAUUUCUGAAGGAGAGUACCAUUCUUCAAGAAGGCCUUUGCUACAGAGGCUGGCGGCUCAAGGAGGUGAAAUUGGAGGCAGAGAUGUUAUGGUGGUUGCUGAGGCACAGGACAGGGAACAAAAUUCAGAGGAAGAGUGGUCAGUGAUUGACUUGAAGGAUGAUCAAUGCUUGAUGAACAAGGAGAACUCAAAUUCUAAUAAGAAGAAAACCAGGAAGAACUUCAAAGGAGCAUUUAGCUUUGGUUCUUCUAACAAACAUGGAAAACAUUCGAAGGAGAAGAGCAUAUUCGAUUCACCCUCUUUACAAAUGCACUCAGCUCAUUCAAAGAUUCCUUCUUCAACUAUCUAUGCCAACAAUGAAACAAGGCAUGCCAAGGACAGCCCCUUGUGGGAUGGUCCAGAAAAUUUUAAGAGGAAACCAUUCGGAAUUCUGUUUCAUAGGGAGAAGAAAGAAGGGCAUAGUGGUGGAGAUCAGGUUCUUGAACCAGAGGGAAGAACGACAAAAAAACAAUGGGGGUUCAAAGGGUUCGAGAAAUUGAGGAAAAAUGACUUAGAUGAUGAGACAGCACCUUUGUCUCUCUUAAUGGAGAACAAGUUGCAUUUGCAUUCUGAUGUAUCACCGUCCGAAUUUUCCAUAAGUGAUAAGGUUUCUGAGGACAAGAUAAACAAGGAGGUGUCAAUAAUCCAGACAGAACUUAGGAGCACAAACACAAAUGCAAAGUUUUCGAAUGACCAGAUACAAGCAAUUUCUACCGAACAUCCAGAGAACAAGCCCGAGUUGAAAAAACACUUUCCCAAAUCGCCCUGUGACCGAUAUGGCAGUGUUGUGUUGGAUGCGGUGAAGGAAAAUGUUGGAGAGAAGGAAAAUAUGCGCAACCAUGCUGAAGAAAAAUAUGAAAGCACAAUGGGGUGGACAACAUUUGAAGAUGACGAAAACCUGCACCCAAAUCUUUUUGCUCAUCAAGAUAAUUCAUUGCGCAGCAGUAGCAUCAAUCCAUUUUCUCAGUGGAACUGAAUUAAGUUCAAAAGAAUUGAACCCUCACUUAGUCUCGCUCGUAAGGAUCAAUAUAUCUGAGGCCAGCGAAAAUACAUGUGAUUACUAUUUGCAUUAACUAUAUUCUGUACAUUAUCGAUAUUAUUUAUAUCACAAAUGUCUCCUCUGGGGACUAUAGCAUCAGUAAAAUGUGUAAGAACAGCAAAAAUAGUUGUAAUUAAGGUUUGAAUGAUUUAUAUAAUAUCUGUAAUAUCUUAAUAUCUUCCUGGGAAA